AGACUAAACUGACCGGUAAUAAAAACGAAUUUAUUUUGAAGGUUUUUGUUCAUAGUUUCUAAAAAACCUAGCAGUAUAGGCUUCGUGUGUUAAUCUGAUCUACAUAAACACUAUUAGUUCAUUGAGCGUUCCAGGGAAUAAUCAAUCCCUUCCACUACAACUGUGGCAACAAAAAAAAAAAGUGUACUACAAAAGGCUCCCUACAGCAAAGUAGAAAGAAUAUUGAGGAAUUGGCGCCAACUAUACGAUGAUGCCAUAAACCAAGUACAGCCAAUGGCAGAAGCCGUAAAAUACUCGUCACUGGACCUGUCAAUCUCACUCUAUCUUACGUCAUCGGUGCUUGUCGAGUUAUUUCAUAGGCUUGCGGCAGAUGCGGGUAUGGGUGGGUGGAGCUAUACUGUCCAUUCAAGACUUUACUGUCAAAUAAAAGUUAACGUCACGAGCUCCGCCAAUUAGCAAACUGGCUUACCCCCUACGCCAAAACCAAAAAAGGUGGGUUCGUGUCAAAGAAGGCGGUUUCCCCUGUAGCCAAUCAAUUGGGCGAAGCGCGGAUCGUGUCUCUUCUUUCUCUCGUUUUAUUGGUUAAGCUUUCCGUCAGUCUGAAAGACAGCGACUCGCGCCUGGCGCUAGAAAGGUGAUUGGUGUCUUCCAGGCGCGAAAUCUAACGCGGGAAAAAAAAAAAAAAAAGAAGUGAAGGACUGUUCGGCCGCCAACGCCUCUUUUCUUCAUCUACAAUCCGUGGCCUUGAAGGUUCCACUUGGGGACGUAGAAGUGGGAAGUGUUGGGGUCCCCGCUGCCCUGGGCAUGUCGGAUAGACUGUAAACAAUGAUGUCUGACGUUCGCUCUUCUCCGCUGCAGCAGUCUGCUCAGGACACGUCGCCUCCCCGCCGGGUGCUAGUGUCUGUUAUCAAGGCGGUCUCCCCCUCCUCAGCCCAUACCCCUCUCAAGCAGCGGCGACCUCCUUACACACUAAGUACUGCUCAGCCGAGCCCCGUCCCGACCAGCCCCGGAUUCAGUGACUUCAUGGUGUACCCGUGGCGCUGGGGGGAGAAUGCUCACAACGUCACACUGAGCCCGGGACCCAUCUCCAGGCAUCAGCCGCAGUCACUCGAAUCUCUUCACGCGACUAGAGAUGGUGGCGCCAGGGCUCGAAUUGCCGAUGUUCUCGGAGGCGGUGCUGCGGGUGUCGGGACAGACCGGAGAGAGGAUGGCGCUGCGGGACUGACGGAUGGAAGUCGCCGGGGCCGCCCAAGAGCAGAAACUGUUCGAGACUUAAUAAGUGAGGGUGAGCACUCUUCUAGCAGAAUCCGCUGCAAUAUCUGCAACAGGGUUUUUCCAAGAGAGAAGUCGCUGCAAGCACACAAAAGGACUCAUACGGGUGAAAGACCUUAUCUGUGUGACUAUCCAGACUGUGGGAAAGCCUUUGCACAAAGUGGGCAACUGAAAACUCACCAGCGUCUUCACACAGGAGAGAAGCCCUUUGUCUGCUCAGAAAAUGGUUGUUUAAGUCGGUUUACACAUGCAAACCGUCACUGCUCCAAGCAUCCAUAUGCAAGGCUUCGGAGAGAGGAGUCGAGCAACAAACCAAACCAAAUACAAGUGGCUGAUAAAGAUACAGCAGAGUGGCUUGCAAAGCACUGGGAAGCACAAGAACAGCUACCACCCACAUUAAAAGUAAAAUCCAUUCAAAAGGCGGAUCAAGAACAGCAGGAUCCUUUAGAGUAUUUUCAGUCGGAUGAAGAGGAAGACAAUAAGAAUGUCUCUCACUCAGCUUCCCGUAGAUGUCUGCAGGAGCAGCGAGAGCGUAUGCAUGGAGCUCUGGCUCUGAUUGAGCUAGCUAACUUAACUAGCGCACAGCUACGCCAGUAAUCUUACGUAGAGCUGUACCAUGUGUCCAACCCUAGUUGUACCUUGGUCCCUUUUUUUUCCCUCCAGAAGGACAUAUUUUAAAACGUAUUAUCUUGGCCAGAAAAAUAGGCGACUAAAUACAGCUGGGUUAUAAGCUAAGCACCUUAUUUGCUUGACAUAGGCUGCUAUCCUGUAGAACUUUUAAUGAAGAAUGUUGUUGCUUCCUUCAUUGGAGCAAGAGAGAAUUGCACUUUUAUGGUAAGGAUGUAAAGUGUUUUAAAUAUAAAUAUUGUUUGUAAAUAUGGGACAGAAAAGAGGCAAAGGUUUCUAUCCCUUUUGUGGGGUAGUACAUUUUACAAGCUUAACAUGCUGUUCUCAAAAACUCCAUGAACAAUCUUGCACAGAUCGGCUGAAUGCAUUCCUUCCUGUAGGAAGUUUUGGAUUUUGGUUAUUUCGCUUGCUGUGUGUUCCAUCAAAUCUCAUCUUUGCAGAUAAUUCCUUGUGUGGAUGGCGAUUGCAGCAGAACAUGGAUGUCAAAUUGUGCAGCAAAUGCAAUCCAGACCAUGGGUUUUCUACCCAAAUGUGAAAAUAAUUCACUAGUUUUGCAUAUGCCACAAUAAAAGAAAAUCUGCAAAUUGUAGCAGAACUCUGGCAUAUGUUUUACAAUAUUAUAUGGGCAUGACGCCUAUAUGAAUUUUCUAGGGAUGCACCGAAUCCAGGAUUCGGUUUGGGAUUCAGCCAGGAUUCAGCCUUUUUCAGCAGGAUUCUGCUGAAUCCUAAUUUGCAUAUGCAAAUUAGGAUUGGCAAGGGAAAUCUGGUGACUUUUUGUCAAAAAACAAGGAAGUAACAAAUGUUUUCCCCUUUCCCACCCCUAAUUUGCAUAUUGGUAUUCGGCCGGAAGGAUUCGGGGGUUCGAGCACUCUUGAUGCAUCCCUAGAGUUUUCACUGUAGAUUGCAAAGGAGCCAGUAUUUUUGCAGUACUUUAUCUAUCUUUUACUUUCGAGAUUUAUGCAAACCUCUCUUCUGCAAGAAGCACAGGAAAAACUUCGGCUUUCAGGGCCUUUGGGGUAUAAAGUUGCACUUGUCCCAAAAGAGAACAUCUGCAGUUAAGCUUGAAAAAUGAUAACGUUAUUGGUAAAUUGUCCAUAAAAUGGACUCUGACGUUGUAUGGCACUUGUAUGUUUUUUUUUUUUUUUCUAAAGAGGGUAUUUUACAUGGAGAUUUUGACAUGUACUAAACUAUUUUAAAUCAUUUCUUGCAGACACUAAAAUGGAAUACUCAGCUUUUUAGUAAUUAUAUAUAAAUAUCUUCAUAUGUCUCUGUUACAUGUUUGUAAGUUGUCUAAAAGCCACUUUAUUGCUUUGAGCAUGCCAAGUUGUAUUUUGAAUUUGUAUUGCUGAUGUAGGCACGAUGAGAGUACUUGCAUUAUUUUAAUACAAAAAAAUAAGCUUUAAAGUAGCAAUACCUAGCAUUUAGCAAUAAAUGGAGAUCUACUUGUCAGUGGAAACCAUUUUUUUUUC